AUGGCUCCCUUGAAAGUCCUCAUCUGCGGCGGUGGAUGUGCUGGUCCAGCAGUAGCUUUAUGGCUUUCUCAAACCGGUCACCAAGUCACUGUUGUCGAGCGCUUUCCAAUUCUGAGAUGCGGGGGCACGCAAAUCGACCUCCGAGGUGCAGGCAUCGAAGCCGUCAAGCGCAUGGGACUGCACGAGGCUAUUCAGAGCAAACUUGUCGACGAACAAGGCAUGGCUGUGGUGGACGCCAAAGGCAAUGUCAGAGCUACUAUCAUGGCCAACAAAUCCGGUCAGGGCGCCCAGACCUUGACGUCCGAAUACGAAAUUAUGCGAGGCGACUUGGUGCGCAUACUCUAUGAAGCAACCAAGCAUAAUGUACACUAUGUCUUCGGCAAAACUGUCGACAGCUUUGAGCAAGAUGACAAGCAAGUCACCGCUUACUUCUCAGAUGGCUCCUCGGAUACAUACGAUCUCCUCGUCGGUGCUGACGGUCAAGGGUCCCGUAUUCGGAGAGCGAUAUCGUCUCCAAACAGUCCUGACCCCUACUACCAGUUGGGGACCCAUGUCGCCUACUUUUUCAUUCCGCGCAUUGAUUCAGACACCAACAUGAUGUCAGUGUACAAUUGCACUGGAGGACGAACAAUCAUACGCCGAAGCCAUAGCCCGACUGAGACACAGGUCUUGCUCUUCCUGAAGGACGACUCCCCAGAAAUGUCAGGUCUCCCCAAGGCUUCCGUUGAAAAGCAAAAGGCAUUUUGGUCUGGACGAUUUCGCGAUGCCGGAUGGGAGGCCGACCGAUUUCUUGCGGGCAUAGAAUCCACGGAUAAUUGGUACUGCCAAGAAGUUAUGCAAGUCCGCACAGAUACGUGGCAUCAGGGACGAGUGGUGCUUCUUGGAGAUGCUGCUUAUUGCCCAUCGCACUGGAGUGGAAUGGGAACUUCAGGUGCUCUUGUCGGGGCAUAUGUCUUGGCUGGAGAGAUCAAUCAGCACACGGAUGAUCUCCCUCAAGCCUUUCUGGAAUAUGACGAAGUCCUCAGACCCUACGUGCAUGAGUGUCAAGACGUGCAUCCCUGGUUGAUCAAGUUGGCUUUUCCGGAGUCCUGGUGGGGAGUUGCCAUUCUCCGAUUCAUCUUCCAGGUGGUGUGCUUUCUUCGUCUUCCCGAGUUGAUGUCGAGAUUCUCGACUGAAAGGGAUGGGGGGUGGCAGCUACCUGAUUAUCCCGAGCUUCGGGGGAAUCAGUGA